AUGGAGGAGGGUGGCGGGCAGCACCCGGUCCCCGCUGCCCCCCCGGGGCGACCCCAGGAGGAAUCCCUGCAGCUCCUUCUGCGCCGCAGCCAGGAGGCCAAAAACUGUGCCUAUUGCCCCUACAGCCGCUUCCCGGUGGGCGCCGCGCUGCUCACUGCCGGCGGGGAGAUCUUCUCUGGGUGCAACGUGGAGAACGCCUGCUACAGCCUGGGGGUGUGCGCCGAACGCACCGCCAUCCAAAAAGCCAUCUCCGAGGGACACACCAGGUUCAAGGCCAUGGCCAUCUCCAGUGACAUGAGGGACUUCAUCACACCCUGCGGUGCCUGCAGACAAGUGAUGAGAGAGUUUGGCACAGACUGGGAUGUCUACCUGACCAAAGCUGAUGGGACCUACAUCGUCAAGAGGCUGGAGGAGCUGCUGCCGCUCUCCUUCGGCCCCGAGGACCUGAAGAAGGUGUGAGCAGCGCGGCCAACACCGGCCUUUGCCCUUUGGCAGCAGGGGAGGAUGGUUUUCCCCAAAUCCCCCGGUGUGUAAGCGGCUUUUUGGGGACGAUGCAAUGGGAAAUGUGUUUAUAGUGUUAAGUUAUCCAUUCCUCUCGCUCGAUUUCUGAUUCCGCGCUGAUUCGCAGAUGCCGGCCCCACCUCGCCCCAGGGAAAUGGCGAAAUCAAAUUGUAGAAAUUCCCUGUUAUUAGAAAAAAAAAAAAAAAAAAAAA